GCACUGCGGUUGGACGGGCGUGGCUCCCCGGUCACCUGGCGCCGCCAGGUGCUCUGCCCCGCCGGCUGCCGCCGCGGCCCUUAUUUCACGUCCUUCGCGGAGAGCCCCCUGCGGACCCCAACUCUGCCGAGGUAUAGAAAACAGCCACUCUUUUGUCAUGUUCCAUGUUCUACCAGGCCUUCUGAAACUGAACUGAAGGGAAAAAAUGUAUGUUUCUCCGAACAAUCACACCUUUCCGCUCCCAUCAUCUCCUGGCCCCCCACUUCUGGACCCCAGCUGCACGGUACUCUCCAUCACCCUGGUGAAAACUUUGCUCAACAUCCUGAUGCUCGCCAUUCGGAGAAAGGACACCUGCAGCAGCCUUCUGGAAUGUUUCUGCAUAUCCGUGGUCUUUGUUGACUUCUUGCUUCUGAUGGUCUUAUCUUUUAUAGCUUAUUUCCAGGACUUUGCCCUCUGGGGCGUUCGGUUUACAAAAUACCACAUCUGCCUGUUACCUCAGAUUUUGUCCUUUGCCUACGGCUUCCUGCACUGCCCAGUCUUUCUUCUUGCCGGUGUGGAUCACUACCUGAAUAUCUCAAAGAUGUCGAAGGUUUCACACUUGGGCCGAAACAUCUUUUAUUUCUUUACAGUCAUCCUUAUUUGGAUAGCAUCUCUCGCCUAUGUUUUGGGAGACUCCGUGAUCUACGUAAGCCUGAGUAAACAGCCCUUUUCUUCCUACCACUGCCCUUUCUACGUUAGCAUUCAAAGCUACUGGCUGUCCCUUUUCAUGCUGGGGGUUCUCCUGGUGGUUUUCGGAACUUGCUGGUCUGAAGUCUUGACCCUGACUCGGUCCGUUCGCAUCAUUUCCUAUAUGAAGGAGACUGCUCUGUACUUUCCCCUUGCACCGGACUGGGAUCCCAUGGUCAUCUGUAAAAAGCAGCUCUUGACCAAGCUUUUGAUCUGUUUUCUUGGAACUUGGCUCCCAUUUGUUUUCCUUCAGAUAAUCAUUCUGUUUCUGGACAUACGGAUUCCAGCCUAUGUGGAGAUGAACAUCACCUGGUUGUAUUUUAUUAACAGUUUUCUCAUUGCUGCAGUUUACUGGUUCAGGAGUCAUGAGCUUAAGGUAACAGAAACUUUUUUACACAUGGACUCAUAUGUCAACUGGAAGUUCUGCUUUAUUCCGUUCACGAUUCAUCAUACAGAGAAAACAGAAAAAACUGCAGCAGUAAUAGCCUGUUAAUUUGUUGCUGUGUUGGGUAAUUAAAGCCCAGAACUCAUUUCAUUGUGAUCAUCUUUGUAAAAGGAGAACAGACAUGGAAAUAUAGGGAUGAGCAUCCAGGGAUGUCACAGAAACCACUUGGGGCCAAAGACUAAAAUGUAUGGAUGGGAUUUGGAUCGUGAAAAGUAUGAAGAGAUUUUGCCCCAGUAUUCCAAUAAAUCAGUUACCUUUUAAAAUUUGCUAAACAAGAAAUAUUCCUUACAUAUUUUCUCUUUUGAAGUUUGCAGCUACCUUCAUUUUUUCCCCAGGAAGUUUCUGUGCUUCAGAUGGAAAUCUGUGCCAGAGCUUCAAAGUGGAAGUAAUGUGAUCGGAAAAAUUGUCUGGAUUAAUGUUUAUAUUUCCCAGGUACCAAGUCCUUAUGUAAAUUAGAGACUUACUGACAACUUUGCAGGUAUAUGGUCUUUAUUAAACAUUGUUAAAAGGA